AUGGCGCCGACAUCUAAAGAAUCGCGGUCACCGUCUCUGAAUUCUUACGACACAGCACUUUGCAUUAUUCCCCCGACACCGCUCACCCACGAUGUCAACCGGUUGCGGGCACUGUAUGACAAGGCGUACGAGAAAUGGCCGCCCCAUAUAAACCUCAUAUACCCGUUUGUAGCUCCAGAGAGCUUACCUCACGCGGUUGACGUGGUCCGCAACACACUGGUUGAGAACAACACUGAAGAGUUUUCCGUACGAUUGGACAAGGCAGACUUCUUUGCGCACAAACGUAACACAAUCUAUGUCACGGACAGCGGCGAUGGCUGUAAAACAUUGCAGAGUAUGCGGAAACAAAUUCUGCUUGCGCUCAAGCAAGCAGACGCUCCUUUCCAACCACAUUUGACUAUCGGCCAAAGCGACGCCAAUGACGAUUCAGUGCGAGAUUACCUUGUUUCAAAGACAAGCCUACUUCCCCCGGUCGACUGGCAGGUAUCAGAACUAACUGUUUUAAUUCGGGAUCGCUCCGUGGUGUCUAGCACGACAAUGGGUCAGAUGAGGGUGUGGGGAACUAUAAAAAUUUCAGAUGACUACAAAGUAGCAAUCUCCGAUAUUACACCCCUGUCAAAAGAAUUACAAGGCUCAGAAAAAGGGGUCCAGAAAGGAGUCACAUACUACUUCGAGCCAGCUGAAACCGGCGAUACAAAAGGCGCCUGGAAGGCUCUCGAGCUGUCUGCUGCACCAUAUCAACCAAAGCUCACAACAUCGUCUAUUAGUGUGGCAUCGUACAAUGUUUUGAUCGACUCGAUGCAUCCGCCACCAACUGAGCGCUAUCCUAUUCUUGUGAAAAACCUGCUGGCCGAAUCUAGUACUGCAGAUAUACUGGUUCUACAAGAGGUCGCAGAUGACUUUCUGUCCUAUCUCUUGAGGAAUGACCAAAUCCAUGCGCAAUACCCUUUUUCGACCCAUGGGCCUCCGGAGCAACCGGAAAUCGGCCCUCUACCUAGCCUACGCAAUGUUGUGGUUUUGAGUCGUUGGCGAUUCCGAUGGGGGUGGCUACCCUUUGAAAAACGACACAAGGGUUCUGUGGUACUGCAGCUGGAAGACAUUGGAUCUUUCCAAGGAAACAAAUUCCUUCCACUGAUAGUGGCCGGUGUACACCUAACCUGUGGUCUUACGGACGGUUCCAUUGCCGCAAAACACUCUCAAGUGAAGACCAUCAUUCGUCAUCUCAAAUCUCAUUACCGCGACCAUCACUGGAUUAUUGCAGGCGAUUUCAAUAUAACUACUUCUUCAUACACAAUCGAUGCGGCACUGAAACGGAAUGCAAUUACUGCACAUGGAGCCUCGAUUUUGUCGUCUCUUGAAGUUUUAUUUUCUGAGUCAGGGCUAGUUGAUUGUUACUUCGCCAAUCGAGUUACUGGUACUACGUCCUCGCAGCGUAGCGACGAGUUUGUUACUUUGCAUGAAGGCGAAGAGGGUGCCACGUACGACCCCACCGAGAAUACUCUUGCGGCAGACAUUUCUGGAAGAAGCUACCACAGCCGGCCGCAGAGAUACGAUCGCAUAUUUGUAAAGGGCGACGCGUUCAAGGUGACUAAUUUCAAUCUAUUUGGAUUACCAGUUGCGGAUGCAGCAGAAUAUUUGGGUAGUGAUCACUGGGGUAUUCGAGCAGAAAUGUACUUGGAUUCGAUUUCCGAAACGGAAGUUCAGGAACUCACUUUCAAUGUCGAACGGACGCCUCAAAGUCUUGGUACUGGCACUCAGUUGAAGGCUCUCCUCGAUGACCAUGAGAUGUUCCCAACUGAGGAUGAGCUCGCACACCGCCAAAUGAUGUUCGAGUUAAUCAAGCGUAUGGUUCAGCAAAAGGAUACAAACACAGCGGUUGAAACCCGGUUGAACAUCUGCUUUGCUGUGGUUCCAGUUGGCUCGUAUCGGUUGGGUGUAUGGGACACCUCGUCAGAUAUUGAUUGUCUAGUUAUUGGCACGAUUAGUCCUAGGACCUUUUUUGCACUCAUAACUCAAAAGCUUCGUCGCCCUGAGUGGCAGGAGAUUCAUAUGCUUAGGAAGGUCAAGGCAGCGUCUGGUACAAUGCUGGAAUUGGAAGCUGGACGUGUUCGACUAGAUCUACAAUACUGUGCAGCUACAAGCGUUGCAGAAAGCUGGCCGCGUGCACUAGAUAUGCAGUCUGAAGAUUCCGUCUUCGACCUGCCCAUACAGUCUUUACUUAAGCUCAACUCUAUCCGAGACCUCGACUAUCUACAACGAACAAUUCCUGAUCUAUCUGCUUUCCGCCUAGCAUAUCGGUUUAUUAAAAGAUGGGCAAAGAAUCGCGGUAUCUAUUCAUCGAAGCUUGGAUAUCUCGGUGGAAUCCAUAUCACCUUACUUCUCUCGCGAGUUUGCAAGCUCUCGUUCCCAGGCGGCGUGUCUGCCUCGGAUAUCGUUUGCACUUUCUUCAAACAUUAUGCAUUCUUUGACUGGAAGAAGGAUAUGGUCUACGAUCCUACAUAUUACAGUGGCAAACCAAAAUAUCAUCGGUCAUCCAGGGAACCUUUGGUGAUUCUCAGCAUUCAUCCACCCAAGGUUAAUGUGGCACACACAGCAACAGUCCCCUCUGUCAGGACACUCGAGCAGGAGUUCAAACGGGCCAAUGAUUUGCUUUCCAAACAGGGAGUUACAUGGGUUGACAUUGCAGGCACUGGGUCGCGCAAGGCAGGUGCUUCUGAUUUCCUCAGAGCCUACCUAAAUUACGUCAAGGUAGAUGUUCAGUUUUGGGGAGGGAAAACUACAAAGGGGCGGAUGUUAAUCGGAUGGCUGGAGUUCCGAUGUGUUUCCCUUCUUGUUGAUAUUAAUCGAAAAUUCCCUGAUAUCCAUGCACGUAUCUGGCCCGCUCGAUUCACCAAAAUUGACGCGGAUGAUAUUGAAGACCAGGGAGAAUACCAAGGCUGUUUUUUGAUCGGUCUAACCAAAGGAGAUACCGAUAUUGUUACGCCUAUGAGUGAAUCGGACCGUCGUUCUGCGCACAUCUCCCUCUUGACCCUUCUCAAUAACUUUGCGGGACAAAUUCGAAGCGACGAGAACUACUUUGACUCUUCCUCCUCGUGGGUUGACGUGUCCCUGGUGAAGCAGCCAGAACUUAAAGACCUGUGCCUUGACGAAUUGACUUGGAGUAACACGACGGUUUUCCAAGAUGAUGACUUUGAUGAUGAUUUCAACCAUGAUCCUACAGAAAACCCUGCUGGAGAUCACACCGAAACAUUUGACCAACCAAGCUUACCUCUCCGGCCCUUGCACAAUAUUGGAGCUGCUCAAGUAAGCGCAGGUCCAAAACUUCGUCCCGCAGACGAAGUUCUGAGCCGUCUUCGAUGGGAUCCUAGCCUUAACUCGGGCGACUACCUAGUUGGAUAUGUCGAUCGAUUCGUGGGUGAAAAGGAGGUUCCCAUCGACCGUUGGAAGACUGAACAAACAGACGAAGAAUUUAUUCCUAUGCAUCGCGUCUUGUAUUUUAAGCGGAGGAGUGAUGGAGAGCGAGUGUGGGAUCGGGAGAGGAGGAUUGAUCUUAUAUUCAACAGUGGGGCAUCGAGUGGGCGUGUGUAG